UAGAGGAAACAAGCAUUUGAUGCCGGCGAUGCCGCAAAUUCCCUAACAUAGUUCAAAUAUCAAAACGUUUUGCUUUUUCAUUGGUCAACGUCGCUUCAAAAGACGCCUACGGACCAAUCAGAAAAUUUUACGGUGUCACGGUUAUGUACCAAAAGAGACCUAUGAGGGUAGAGGGUGGUUAAGGAUAGGUGAAAAUGUCCAAAAGGGCUCGUCAGUCUGAUGAUGAGGAAGUCUUUGAGCAGGCUUUGAAAAAACAAAUAUCGUCCAAAAAUCACGAAAUAAAAAUACGUGAAAUAAAAUCUCUCUCCUCAGAAAAAACAAUGAAUAUCUUAUUCAAAGCAGCCUCUAAAAAAUCAUCUAAUAGUGAGGUACCCUUGCCUCUUCGAUGUCCAUGCUCGAAUACAAAUCAAGGUUUAAGCCAAUGUUACUUCUGCGAUAAGAUGAUUUGUUCUAAUUGUUUGAGACCAUGUGACAUUUGUGGAGACAUAUUCUGCGAGAGUUGUUCCUUUUUGAUGUAUGAUGAUCAGUACGACUGCAUAUGCUAUUCUUGUUUGAAUAGUAGAUAAAAUCUGAAGGACACAAUUUAUGAUUCCUCUGAUCAAUAAAUGUUUGAAUCUCAUUUCUGGUCGUUUCUUUAUUGUGAUAUGUUUUUGUUUUUAAUAUGUAUUAUCUAAUGAAUUUCAAUGUUUUACUGUUAAAAUUGAAUUUUGUUUUUCUUCCAUGUGAAUGAUUACUAAUUUAUUAUAGAGAUACUCUCAGAGAAAAUUUCAUUAUAUUUUACAUAAUA